AUGAACAAGAAUCCUUUCCUUCCACAGCCGUCUUAUACUCCUCCUCAGCCACCACUGCCACCUGGUCCCCCCCCACCACAGCCAGCAGUUGAGUAUCAGCAUCAUUGGCCUGGCUAUCCUCCUGCCCAAUACACUUCCCAAUGGACACCUCCCACUACUCGACCAGGAGAGCAAAAUCCUCUAUUCGCUAACUAUGGUUAUGGUCCCCAGAACCAAUGGCCGCGACAUCAACAACAGCAACAACAUUAUCACCCUACGCCUCCUUCAGUCCCGCAGCCACCACCGCCACUUUCUGUAGCAGCGGCAGCAUAUAAUCCCUAUCAGCCUGCAGUCACUUAUCCUUAUGCACAGCCUGCACCUCAAGCAAUGGCUCAACCUCAAUUUACGCAACCUCAGCAACCCAUGUUCGCACCUCAUCUUCCACCACAGCCGAUGCAGAUGGCCCAACAGCCGUCUCGUAUUGGUCAGCAGCCGACACAACAGCAACCUCCCGUGAAAAGACCGCGUUAUGAUGGUCCCAAUCAGAUUCAGCAUCGUUCACAACUGUUUCAACAACCUAAUCCCUCACAUCAAGGUGGUGGUAGCCGUGGAGGCGGGCCUGGAUCCAACCAAGUCCCGCUAGGCGGCAAUAGGGGGGGCGCAGGUGGAAAUAGAGGAAAUCUAGGUGGUGGAGGUCGUGGUCGUGGUGGAGGUUCUAUGAACAGUGGUCGAGGGGGUGGGAUGCCGGGUAGGACUGGAAGAGGUGGUAGUAAUACCUAUAAUCCCGGUGGAGGAAAUACCGGAAGAGGUGGUUCCACAUCAGGCUCGAUGAGAUCUCAUGGUUCACGUGGUCAUCUUGGUCCUGGCAAGGAUUUUCAUAAUAGAAGAGGUCCUGGAGGCCCGUUCGUUGGUGGAAAUGGAUCUUAUGGACAGGGAUCAGGCACUUUCAGAAGCGGACGUAAUCAAAACCAUUCAAGUUCGACCAGAAAUCAACGGCACGAUAAUGCAACGAACUCUUUGGGGGUGAAAGAUUCCAGCUCAUCUAGCCUUGGAUCUUCUAAGAGAGACGAGAGACGACGGACCCUCACUGAUUUCAAAAUUAUUGGACUGGAGAUAUCUGAAUUGUCUUGGACUUGGGGGGUAAUUCCCCCCAAACCAUCGUCAUCUGAGGCCACAUUGAAAACAGAAAAUGCAGAGAUUGAGGUCGAGGGCACUUCGGAGCCGUCCGUUCCUCAAGCUGUGGUGAAGACGGAGAAUGUUGAUGACGCUUCCGCGCUCUCUAAAUCGAAUGCGGACGUCCCUGGAUCGGAUGGACCAGGAGAUGACAAUGCUAGUGUUACGACUGAAGUCGCUAAUACUACCGCUGACGUGGCGAACGCGUCUUAUGCCUCGAUGGAGUCGUCCAAGGACACAUCUGGCCAUAUACCGCAUUCACGCAUACGAAUUUACUUUCACACUCCCGUCUCCGCAGAUGACGCUCAUUGUUCUUUCUCUCUUGGUUCUUUUCCUAGUGAUUCUCGGAAAGGAAAGAGAAAGAAAUUGGAUGAUGAUGAUGACGGUGACGCGGAGGAGGGUAGGGAACCACCUCCACCGACUGGCAAUCGUUCCACUAGCGUCGCUCCGAGUGUGACGGAGACUGCGGUGAGCGAAGCUGACUGGCUAAUGGCCGCUAUCGUUGACGGGGAGGAGACUCAGAAGGCUCCUGUCAAUGGCGAGGAAGAUGACGGUGACGAUGGGGAACGCCAACAUGUCAGCGAGAUCGUGGAUCCACACGAUUCCAUGUCUGACGUUGAUUCCGCUGAGCAGAAUGUCUUACAAGGAAAUGAAAAUAAAGCGCAGAGUGACACGGUUGAAGUCGUCAAGGAGCCUGUCCCCAGCGGCACAGAUGCGCCCAUGGAUUAUACUAUCUCCUUUUCUCAAAAUAAGCUUGUUGACAAGACUGCAAACAGCACGUCUUCCACUGUCCCCUCCGUCCCCCAUUUUACGUUCUCCCUAACCAACGAUACAAUACCUUCUGAUUCUUCCAUUAGUGUUGGAACAGUGCAGGAAUCACAGGCUGAGCAGGCUGAGAUGCCAGAACCUCCGGAAACCGAGACUCACAGCCAAACCGAGACGCAGGUGGAGACACAACCGAUAGGUUCUUCUUCCUUCCUUCAGCCCUCACAAGCAAAUGAAACGGACCACCUCCCCGAGCCACCAGCUUCACCAAUGUCAAAUACCUUUUUAUCCACGUCCUCAUCUUCAACAUUUGGCGAAAACACGUCUCAACACUCUUCCUCAGGCAAGAAACCCACGAGAACACCCUCUGCGAAUCGCAUAUCCAUUUCAUAUGCUGGUGGUGACCGUCGACUGAUCAUUGACUCCGAGGCUUGUGACAAGAUCAAGAUUUUCCGAGGCGAGGGACGGAUUGAAAUUCAGAUAAGGAUUCAGUCGGAUGAAGAGGGUCUAGUAGGACUUUCGAUGGAAAGCUUGUCCAACUCGAACAAAACCUUCACUCCUGUAGACAAGCUUCCAGCGGAUCCAGUACUCCCACCGUUUACCUCUGCCCCAUCUCCCACAGUCACGCUUGUGGCAUGUUUAGACACUGAACGACCGUUGUCCGAGCCUCGAUGGCUGAAGACAGGUGAUAUCCAAGACUGGUUGCGUAGCAUGUUCGGAAAGGCUACCCCUGCAGGAGCCACCCCCGGAAAUGGAUGGGAGAGGAAAAUAACAGUGGUAGAUCCGGAUCCACCCCCAACGAUCUGGACUGUCCUUGAGAGCUGGGCAACGAAUUCUCCUGUGGGCAAUGGUCCCACUGAAAGACAGCGAUUUGUGAAGACGCAUCUUUCAGAGACCGAGAACUUGUUAGAAAUUCUUCUUCGCCUCGUGCGAGGCGAACGAGCCACCGCUUUUCAAUCAUCUGCGACCAUUUCGAACUCUUCUCUCUCUGGACCUUUGCUCACCGCGUUGGAUCAAGGUACCGCUCACGGUGCCCAGCAGACUCAUGUUUCGCUUGCGGUGCUGGCCAUUUUCCAGAUGACACUUGAGUAUGCAACCAAGUCAGUAGGUGCCACUGCUAAAAAAGAAGUCGAGGGCCGAGUCGGAGAAAUUAUACGGUGCCUUCCUUCGCAUCUUACUUACAAGAGCUUGGAUGGUAUGUUCAAGGAGUGGAAAGCAGAAAAGAAGGGUCAAGGAAGAUGA